CAUGGAGCAAAAGGAAGUCUUCCUUCUCCUUCUUUUAUUUCUGAAGUCAGGCCACGGGGGCUCUCUGGAUGACUACGUGAGCACGCAGGGGGCUUCGCUGUUCAGCAUCACCAAGAAGCACCCCGGGGCCAGCAGCGUAGCCGAGUGUGCAAACCACUGUGAGGCGGAGACCGACUUCACCUGCAGGUCAUUCCAAUACCACAGCAAAGAGCAGCAAUGCGUGAUCAUGGCGGAAAACAGCAAGACGUCCGCCGUCCUCAGGCUGAGGGAUGUGGUUCUGUUUGAAAAGAGAGUGUAUCUUGCAGAGUGCAGGACUGGCAAUGGGAAGAGCUACCGAGGGACCAUGGCCAAGACCAAGGAUGGCGUUGCCUGUCAAAAAUGGAGCGCUACGUCCCCACACAGACCCAACUACACGCCCGAGAAAUUCCCGGCCGAGGGUCUGGAGGAGAACUACUGCAGAAACCCAGACAACGACGGACAGGGCCCUUGGUGCUACACCACGGACCCGGACAAGAGAUUCGACUACUGUGACAUCCCAGAAUGCGAAGAGGAAUGCAUGCACUGCAGCGGGGAGAACUACGAAGGCAAGAUCUCCAAGACCGCGUCCGGACGCGAAUGUCAGGCCUGGGACUCUCAGAGCCCUCACGCCCACGGCUACCUUCCUUCCAAAUUUCCAAACAAGAACUUGAAGAUGAAUUACUGCCGGAACCCCGACGGGGAGCCUCGCCCGUGGUGUUUUACCACCGACCCCACCAAGCGCUGGGAACUCUGCGACAUCCCCCGAUGCGCAACACCCCCGCCUUCCGGCCCCACCUACCAGUGUCUGAAGGGGAGAGGGGAAAACUACCGCGGGAAGGUGGCGGUCACGGUGUCGGGGCACACGUGCCAGCGCUGGAGCGAGCAGAGCCCUCAUGAGCACAACCGCACCCCCGAGAACUUCCCCUGCAAGGGUUUGGAUGAAAACUACUGUCGGAACCCCGACGGGGAGUCGUCUCCCUGGUGCUACACGACCAACAAGGAGGUGAGGUGGGAGCACUGCGCCAUCCCCUCCUGCGAGGCCCUUCCCACCACCUCCGACCCUCCGGACACCUCGGCACCGCCCGAGCAAACCCCCGUGGUGCAGGAGUGUUACGAGGGCAACGGGCAGAGCUACCGCGGCACCUCGUCCACCACCAUCACGGGGAAGAAGUGUCAGUCCUGGUGGUCGAUGACUCCGCACCGGCACGCCAAGACCCCGGUGAACUUCCCAAACGCCGGCCUGGCCAUGAACUACUGCCGGAACCCGGACGCGGACAAGGGCCCCUGGUGCUACACCACGGACCCGAGCGUCAGGUGGGAGUACUGCAACCUGAAGCGCUGCGUGGACGCGGGGGGCAGCGCGGCGGCCACGGCCCCGGCCCCGGCGCCCAGCGCGCCCGCCACCUCCCAGCCAGACUGCAUGUUUGGAAACGGCAAAGGGUACCGGGGCACGAGGGCCACCACGGUGACCGGCACCCCCUGCCAGGCGUGGGCGGGCCAGGAGCCCCACAGACACAGCAUCUUCACCCCGGAGAGCAACCCUCGCGCCGGCCUGGAGAGAAACUACUGCCGAAACCCUGAUGGCGAUGUCAACGGCCCCUGGUGCUACACCACGAACCCACGGAAACUCUACGACUACUGUGACAUCCCUCAGUGUGUGUCUACUUCUGAUUGUGGGAAGCCACGCGUGGAGCCGAAGAAAUGUCCUGGGAGGGUUGUAGGUGGGUGUGUGGCCAACCCCCAUUCCUGGCCCUGGCAAAUCAGCCUCAGAACAAGACUUGGACAGCACUUCUGUGGAGGGACCUUAAUAGCCCCAGAGUGGGUGCUGACCGCGGCCCACUGCUUGGAGAAGUCCUCCUGGCCUUCUUCCUACAAGGUCGUCCUGGGCGCACACAGGGAAGUGAAUUUGGAACCCGAUGUUCAGCAAAUCGAAGUGGCCCAGCUGUUCCGGGAGCCUUCGCGGGCGGACAUCGCCCUGUUGAAGCUGAGCAGACCUGCCGACAUCACGGACAAAGUCAUCCCCGUGUGUCUGCCACCCCCGAAUUACGUCGUGGCCGACCGGACGGUGUGCUACAUCACAGGCUGGGGAGAAACCCAAGGGACGUUUGGCGCCGGCCUUCUGAAGGAGGCCCAGCUCCCUGUGAUUGAGAACAAGGUGUGCAACCGCUACGAAUACCUGAAUGGGAGAGUCAAGUCCACGGAACUCUGUGCUGGACUUUUGACUGGUGGCGCUGACAGCUGUCAGGGUGACAGCGGAGGGCCACUGGUUUGCUUUGAGAAGGACAAAUACGUUUUACAAGGAGUCACUUCCUGGGGUCUUGGCUGUGCGCGCCCCAAUAAGCCUGGGGUCUACGUUCGUGUUUCAAGGUUUGUUACUUGGAUUGAGGAAAUCAUGAAGAAUAACUAGCCGGAGGGAAGCAUAAACUUACCUCACGUGCUGGAACUUGGGUAGGGAGUUCAGAAUGGUCACAGAUAAUCGACAGUAAUCAAACGAAGACCCUGUACUUAGCCACCACGUGCUGCAAGCCCCCAACAUUUUUAUUUUUUGUAUUAUUGUGAAUAAAUUUUUUUUCCUGUCCAUAAACUGCUGGAUUCUGGAAUAGCAACGCAAAAUAACCAGGAUGCUUGUUGAAAAUAAACUGUGUUCUUACAUU